AUGAAGCUCAUCACUUCCAUCGUCUUCGUCGCCCUUGCUCUCUUGUCCAUUCUUUCUUCUACGGCCGCAGCUCCUCGUCCACCAGUUCCCGCAGGCCCACUCAUCAACGAGCUCGUAUCCCGACAAAGCAACAGCGGUGGCUUCGUCAGCGGAUCCGACGUUUCAAAUUCGCUCUGCGCCGGUGGUUCCGUCAACAGCAGCGGCCAAUGUAUUUGUUCCGCACGUUGUGUCCAGGUUACUAGAGCUUGCACUGAGCCGAAUGGACAUUGUACUCCAACACUUCAAUCUUCUGACGCCUCUAGCAGGAACAGUGCUGAGCUAUUCGGAUUGGCAGUUGCUUGUGCAGCUGUAGUUGGCAUGCUAUGA